CAUAGUUGGUUUUCAUAGAGGCUUCAUCAACUUGACCACACUUUUAGUUUCUAACCUGUUCAUACGACGCUUGUGUUGAAUAUAAAACAAUGGAACAUAAUCUGCACAACAAUACGCCAGCACAUUGGGGCUACGGAGUUACUCCGGUGCCAACUACGCCGCAGACCCAUUGGGCUCCACCGCCACAGAGUCAUGGCUUGAAACGCGCCCUGUCCGAAAGUGAUUGUGACGAUCUGUAUUCCGAGGAGUCCUCAAAGGAGCAAAUAUCACCCAGUGAGCCGGGAAGCUGUCAACUAUUAACACGUAAGAAACGACGAGGUGUCAUCGAGAAAAAGCGACGGGAUCGCAUAAAUUCUUCACUCACCGAGUUAAAACGCCUCGUGCCUUCAGCUUAUGAAAAGCAAGGAUCUGCUAAACUGGAAAAGGCAGAAAUCCUUCAACUGACCGUAGAACACUUAAAAAAUAUACAAACAAAAGGUAUUGAAUCGUUCAGCUAUGAUCCUCAGCGCUUUGCCAUGGAUUAUCAUAUUAUCGGUUUUCGAGAGUGCGCUGCUGAAGUUGCGCGCUACUUAGUGACCAUAGAGGGCAUGGACAUACAGGAUCCGCUGCGCUUACGCCUAAUGUCGCACUUGCAGUAUUUUGCUCAACAACGCGAGCUAUCGGUGAAAAGUUGUGGCAGUCCAGGUGGUUGGGCUACUGCAUCGGCAACUGGUGGAUAUCAGCCGAACUGUGCUGCUGCACCUUAUCAAACCUAUGCAAGCGCAACUGCUGCGCACUCGACUAUCAAUCCUGCUUACAUGGCCGCGCCACUACAUCCUUAUCCUACGCUGAGCACCUCACCGACCAGCACCUCUCAUCUACAUGCGCACCAUCAUCAGCAGCAGCAGCAACAACAACAGCUGCAGCAACAGCAAGCAGCACCAGUGCAGGUUAAUCGCACUUCUUCUGCCUCUGGCGCAGUGCCAAGUGAAGCAAUGCCACCGAUUAGCCACUCAACAAGCCAACAACAAAAUCCUCAACAACAACAGCAACAGCCGCACUCUACGCAAUCAACGACGUCACACGUGCAACAAACGCCCGUGCCACAUGAAGCACAUCAUCAACAGCAACAACAACAACAGCAACCGACACAAGCGCAAACGCAGCCUCAGCACUACACACAAGAGCGUACACAUCCCGAUCAACAGGGUCAAGUCACUUACGCCGAUUUGUCCAACUCACAGGUUCAUGCCGACCUACGAAAUCCCACAGCGGCCAUUGCUACAACCGGCUUGAACUACAGCGGCACAACUCACUACCCAGUUGCAGGUGCGCAGGAAUACAAUGCCAAUUAUGUUGCAGCAAACGGAUCUAAACCAUAUCGGCCAUGGGGUGCCGAAAUGGCCUAUUAGGGGAGCUAAAGCAAUCAAGUCCAUUAACUCGCAUAUGCGUUGAUGGCUGAGAGGUGAAAUGAUAUUCAGAAUCUAGUCGCUAGAAUUUAAAUAAAAUUAGUUAAGAAAAAAGUUCAAGUCCUCCAAUGCGCCAAUGCAUGGAAUUGAGAUAUUUUGUCGAUAUAUGCAAAUAAUUAUGAUUAUAUAUGCAUGCACGUAUACUAUUACAUAAGCCCACGCGCACAUACAUACAUACAUAUAGUGUUCCACCAUGUACAAAUAUACUAUACACAUCAAAUGUUUACACGGAGAUAACUAAAUUUAAGCUUUAACAUUUACGUAUUUACAAAACGUCAAAGAAAAUGACUAUAUUUUUUAUACAUACAUACAUAUGUACAUAUAUACGACAUGAUUUACCAGCGGUAUAUAAAGUUGUAUAUACUUUGUUUCUAACAAAACAAUUAAAACCUAAA